GCUUCCUAGCGAGGGAGGGGGAGACGGAAAUGGAGGGCCUCCGCGCGCAUGCCUUCGCUCCUGACACCGAGCCCGCUGGAGAGCGCGUUGGGCGGAGCCGGGGGGUGGCGGUCGCCGGGGAGGUCGAGGCCCUGGGUCCGACCCCGAGCUGGAGCGGGGUCCCGGAGGCCCGCUAACCCGCCGGUGUUUGUGUGUAUGUGCCCUCGCAGGGAGACAUGGAGAACUGUUUGGCGGCCGCGGCGCUGAACGGGGUGGACCGACGUUCCCUGCAACGCUCGGCUAGGCUGGGUCAAGAAGUGCUGGAGCGGGCCAAAAGGAGGGCGGUGGACUGGCAUUCGGUGGAGCUUCCCAAAGGCAGCGUGGGGGUCAUUUCCCGGGAGCGGCCCUACAGAGAAAGAGGGCCGGUAGCCGGCCCCCAUCGCCUUGUCCCAGGAGAGAGAGAAGAAAGACACCCAACCCUCAGUGCUUCCUUCAGAACAAUGGCUGAAUUCAUGGACUAUACUUCAAGUCAGUGUGGGAAAUAUUAUUCAUCUGUGCCAGAGGAAGGAGGGGCAACCCACGUGUAUCGUUAUCACAGAGGGAAGUCGAAGCUGCACUUGUGCUCGGACACUGGGAAUGGUCAGGCUGAGAACAUCUCUAAGGACCUCUACAUAGAAGUAUAUCCAGGGACCUAUUCCAUCACUGUGGGUGUAAAUGACUUGACCAAGAAGACUCACGUGGUAGCAGUUGAUUCAGGACAAAGUGUGGACUUGGUCUUCCCCAUAUGACGUUGACCAUCGCAGACAUCACCUUUUUCUUGUUUGUUUUUUAAGUAUUAAGAAGAAUAAAGCUACCAUGUGUCCUCUUAAAAUUUA